AUGUUGGAAGGGAAACUUUUUAAAUUGUUUCUUCAUCCAUCAAUUUGUUGUUUAUCUGGAAGAUAUGGAAAAAAUUAUGCAACAAUUCCCAAUUUAAUGAAUCCUAUAAAAUUAUGUCAUACUUCUGUUAAACAUGCAAUAUUAACUAAUUUUUACACUAGAAAUAAACCAUUAAUAUCAUCUUUCUUACAUGUAAAAUCUACAGUUAAUUUUAUAAAUGAUCUUUUUGAUGAAUUUCGUAAACUUAUAGUUGAUUUGCACCAACUUACUUAUCAACGUAAUAAAAUUGAUAAAUUAAAAUAUGAUGUACAACGGUAUAAACUUACUUUAGACAUGGAUCGUUUAGAAAAAAUUAUACAACGUGCUAUGUAUACUUUAAAAUAUUCCAUAACAACUGUAAAUUUAUGUGAAAAUUAUGCUUUGGAUUUAGAAUUUGAUGCGAAAAAAUCUUUUAAUAUAAAUGUUGAAAAUUUAACAUUACAAUCUUCAGUGCAUUAUGAUAUUAUUUUAAAAAAGAUAGUAGUAAUCAUACUUACUAAUACUACUACUACUACUACUACUACUACUACUCACACUACUACUACUACUACUACUACUCACACUACUACUACUCCGACUACUACUACUACUACUACUAAUACUACUACUAUUACUACUCCGAAUACUACUACUACUAAUACUACUACUACUACUACUACUACUACUACUCACACUACUACUACUACUCCGACUACUACUACUACUCACACUACUACUACUACUCCGACUACUACUACUACUAAUACUACUACUGCUCCAACUGCUACUAAAUGUUCAUGA